GCAAGUGCAGUAGACGAACACACCAAAACAAACUGCAAGUGCUGCAAGUUGCUAGUAGUUUGUUGUGUGAUGUCUCUCUGUAAUAAACUGUUCUAGAAGCAGUGCGCUGGAUGGCUGGCCGAAGAUGUAGCUGAUUUUUCACCGUCUAUGAACUGCUGAUUAGAAGCGACAAUGAAGGUUGAAUCAUUGUUAGACAUAAGUGUUGACUAUGUGGCCAGGUGUGCGGAUAACUUGGGGGGUCUUGGCGAUUUGCCUCCACACAUCAAGUGCAAAGUAAUGCGAAGCAUGACUUGUCACGGAACACUGACCGACUCCAACAUCAGUCAGGUAUUACACCCAGGACUAAAAGCACUUGACAUACGCAACUGUCGACUUACUGACACGGCACUACAAAACAUUUGCUCCAGGCAUUUAAGUUGGAUAUGCCUUUCCAACUCCACAGAAAUUACAUCGACAGGGUUGCAAGCGCUUGCCUCGUCCUGCCCACACCUCAGAUGGGUAAACCUGUCCGGCUGUACGUCAGUGACAGAUCCCGGCAUUCAGGCCCUGGCACAGAGCUGUGCAGGACUAGAAGUGAUCGCUCUCCUGCGCUGCACGGCUCUGACAGACGGGGCUUUUCAAGCACUAGGUGCUAACUGCAGGAUGCUACACACUGUGUCCUUUUCAGAAACCCAGAUCACAGACACAGGAGUUAUUGGCCUUGCAACGGGAGUGUGCGCCAGUCGUUUAAAGGAAAUCCACAUGUCUGGGUGCACAAACCUGACCGAUGAGGCGGUCAUCUUCAUUCUCUCAAACUGUCCCAAUAUUGAAACUUUUCAGUUCCAUGGGUGUCCACUUAUGACAGAUCGGGCAUGGGAGGCAUUGCAGAACUACACUGGCAAGCAGAAGUUCAAACAUGUCACCUGGACAAUUUAUUGAGGACAGAAUGGUUCUUGUUCACUUGGUUGGAAAUUCACUGCACCAAGUUCUCUGCACCUCUUCUUUUUUCAAAAAAUGCCAUGCAUUUGUUUCUUUGUUGUACCAUCAGACGAUGUGUGUACACCAUUGCACUUUCAGUUUUUCAUUUUAUUUAUUUUAUUUAUAUUAAAUAUAUAUGUAUCCCAUCUACAUAUUUCCAAACUUAAUUUACUUCAUAAUGGUGUAUUCUUGUGCCGGUACCAUCUGAUGCAUUCCAAAUUGAUGUUCUUGACUGUUAUUUAAACAACACUGAGUAUAUGGUUCACCGCUGACUAGGUGUACUGUAUACAGCAUUUAAAAAAUAAUAAUAAUACAAAGAAUGAUCGCACUGAUAAUUUGGCAGCUUAUUGCAAAGUUCUUUAUCCCAAAAGAUGAAAAAGCUUUGACUGACUGGGACCACUCCCUCUCACUUGCCUGGACAUCAGAAUCAGGAACUUUUACGACUGUGGAAGGGUUUUUACUUCCUGAAGCCAAGAUGUAUCAUGAUCUCUGCAUGAUAUGGGUAGUUGGCAAAAUGUUCAGCUUAACACAAUUGUGCCAAAUAAUAAACAGUAUAAAUAUUGUCCUUUCCAAGGUUGUUCCCUGUGAUUCAUCCAAACGCUAAUACGGGUAUAAAUGAUAUAUCA